UUGGAGUCUGUCGCAAACGAGGAACGUGAAUCCGGGAACGCUGAGUGAGAAUCGAGUGCCGAAACUCCGAGGUCCCACCCACGACAUGGCCAAGAACGUAGGGGAGAGUCGGAUACCUGUUCCACGGGCAGCGCGGCCGUCGUUCUUCCCGAAAUCGAGAGUACUCGAGGCAUCGAGGCUCCUGACGGGGAGUCGCCGAUCAACGAUCUUCUCGGGAUGCUUUCAGUUUAACAGCGAGGACGAAUCCCCCACUCCGCGGGAGUUCACGGGAUUCGCAACAUCUUCGCCCAACAUCAAAACCGAUUCCACGGCAGACCAGACAUUCUCGUUAUCACCCGCAUGGGACAUCGACAAGGGCGAUGUGCAACAAUUGGUGCAUCUCAGCGAGGAGAAAAGCAACAGCCUGUUCAGGCUGUUUGAAGAUUCUCAGCUGAGCAUGAUCGAGGAUGUCGGUGAUAACUGUCUCGUAGAAUCGGCCCUGGGCAGUUACAAUGAUGCGAGCGCAGCGCCGCAUUAUUUGAUGCUGAACAAACAGAACUCCUUCGAGCACGACGAGAGUCUUGGUAUACUGACGCCGGACCAGAUGACCGAUUUCACGGUGGCGUUGGAAUGCUCCAGGACACCAUCCUGCGAGAAUCUCACCGGCUCGGCCGGCUCGAAAUUGGCGUUGACCCGAGCGUCCGCUUCGACGAGACCGCUGGUGGACGUGGAAGGACCCGCGGAGGAGGGCUGUACCGAGCGAACCCCCUCGCCGGAAGAAUUACCGCUCGAUCCGAAACCCGUAGAGCCGAUCAGGGGUAAUACCGUUCCGGUGAGCUUCGUCACAUCGGUCACGAGCAUCACCAGUCUCGAGGCGGGCUACCAAGGAGACGGCGAGAAUUCGAGGCCGGCCAGCCGCGGCGCGGAUCCGCCAUCCAUGGCAGUGCCGCCGGUCAAUCUUCCCGCGCCCUGCCGGCAGGAUCCGAUGACCGACUCGGACUUCUUCACCGAGAGCGACGCGGACGCGCACGAGGAGAUUGUGCGGGGCGACAGGAAGGCACAGGUGAUCGACGGCACGCUGUUUUGUGCACCGGGCGAACGCGUAUGCCCCAGUUUUACCGGGGAAGAAAUGGAUUCGAGCGGAAUUUACUCGGAUUUGGAUAAACUGCAGGCGCCUGGCGAGCAGGCGCCGGAAGAGAACGAUGAUCACACCCCCGAUACCGGAGACACCGAGCUCUCCCAGAGGAGCCAACCCUCGCCCAUUGUGGCGAACAUUAUCAUGGAUUAUUUACAGCAAGGCGCAAAAGCGUCAGAUGAAACGAGCAACGCGACCGACACGACAGCCUCUGUCGAAGUCACGGCGAUCGAGAAAGUCGAGAAGAACGAAAACAUCAGGCCCAAACCGCAGAGCAAAACCGAUACGAUGCCUUUGAAAAAAUAUAAAAUGCCGAAGAGAAACGUUGUCUCGAAGAUCAAGGCGAUGAUCGAGUCGUCUUCGAAAGACGACGCGGAAAAGGAGGCGAGACGCUCUCAGAGGUCAACCAGAAAGGGCGGACGCUGGGACGCCGUGAUGAAUAAGAUAGAGGCUGGUAAAAAUGAGCAGAGAACGAGAUCAGUUAGGAAGGAAGUGAAAUCAAGGGUAUUGCAGAACCUUACUUUGUCACCUUCCACGAGGCCAACGUCGAAGAAAGCCGGCGACGCGAACAACAAUAAUAAUAAGGAUAAACGGAGGCUGCGUGGCUGGCAAGAGAUAAAAUCACCGACGCAGGAAACGGCCAGGAGUUCUGUUCGCAGUUCCAUGAGCGAUCUCAGUAGUGGCCCGAGUAAGGAUAUGCCAAAGAGAUCACCGACGUCCGCGAACCCGCCCCGGAGAUUCGUCUCGAACGGCCACGUCAAUCACCAUCAGGUCCGCGUCAACAGUUUCGACGCGAAGAAGAACUGCAUCGACGUGGCGGCGGUGGAACUCGAUCGUGAGUCCAAGGAGACUCACCACAACACCACCUACACGGUGUCGACGGCGAGGACGUCGCCGGAGACGCGAGAUCAGGCCGCGCAGACCACCGUGCCCUACGUGGACUUCCGCGUGGAGCAAGCGGAACGGGCCGCACAGGCGCUCGCCGUGAGCGUGCACUACUUGGCGUUCGAGCUGGACGCGUUUGCCACUCCCAAACUGAAGAAGGAUUUCGAGAAGUUGAAGGCCGAUUGCAAGGAGAUGAAGAACGAGCGGUCGGCGCUGCUUUCGGAAAUCGACGUUUUACGCGCGAGUUGCGUCAGCAUGGAGGACAGACUCGAGGCGGAGAGGGAGGACCACAGUAAAGCUCUGGACCAGCUUCGCGACGAGUUGGAAGCUCAUAGGGCGAAACAGGUUGCUGCGCUCGUCGAAACUCUGAAAGAGGAAAGGCACAAGUACGACGUCAGGCUGGACGAUGUUACGAGGGAACAUCGCGCGACAAUUGCGAAAUUACGCGCCGAGCAGAUCAAUGAGCUGGCCCGCAAAGAGGAGAUGAGAAAAUCCGUGGUUCACGAUCAGGGUGCCGCGCUGAUGGCGGAGAUCGAGUCGCUGAGAUCCGUGCUCGAGCUAAAGAGUCAGGAGAACACGGCCCUCCGAUCGGAGCUGGACAGUUACAGGCGCGACAUCGAGGAGAAGGACGCCCUGCAGAUGCGGCUCGAUAUGGCGGAGGCCAGAUGCGAGGACCUGAAGGCUCAGCUUCAGCGGAAGGACUCCUUCGAACGGCAGAUCUCACACGAGAACGAGAUGCUUCACGAGUCGAUUCAUCAAGUCUCGAAGCACAACAAACGGCUGUCGCAGCGGAAUGAGGAGCUACAGUGGAAGCUGCGAAACAAGAACGACUGGGUGAAUCACGUUCUUGCGAAUCAGCUUAAUCCACGGUUAUCUCGGUCCGCGGGCGCGGAGCAAAUGGAGCACAGCUAUUCGCUCGACAAGAACGGCGCUCAUUCGUCGUCGAUGGUGAAGUUCCUGGUCACGAAGGACGCCUCCGUCUCUUGGACGCUGGAAAUCGACGACUUGUCGCAGGGGACGUCCGAUUCGCUUAGCACAUUGCCGAAAGUGGCCAGGUCCUCCGAGGGCGCGACGACGGUUUCUAGGCAAGGAUCGCUCCGGUUGACGCCGAACGCUCGACCUGCCAUGGACACCAGAGCGAGAUCGAAAAGUAUCUCCACCACGUGCGAUUCGGCGCGGACCGCGGCGGCAGUGGAGGAGGCGGCGGCGGCGGCCGCGUGGUCGCCUUCGUUCAGCUCGACGCCGAUCUCGCUGCGACGUCCUAGGAAGGACCAGUCGUCACCUUCCUCGUCGUCGUCCUCAUCGUCUUCCACGUCGUCCACGGCGAAUUCCGCAGUGGCCGCCGCGGUGGCGGCCGCUGCGGCUGCGGCGGCAGCGGCGGCGGACGAUUGCAACGUCGGCGGCGGUCAGAGACCCCAGGAGGCCGGCGGGGAAGCGAUGAUUUCCGAAGAAACGUCGGCGUCCAGCAGCGAGGACGAGUCGUCCACCGGCAGCGAUAUCCCCCGGCUGGGGAUACAGUUUCCUUGGGGCAAGCCGAUCAAGUAA